AUGGCCCGAAAGAUAAGAGUAUUGGUCAAAAGGGAUCUGAUAGAAUUGAGUGGCAGUCUAGAAUAUCUUAUGGUAGAAUUAGUAGAUAAUGAAUGUGGUGGUCAAAGAGAUAAUUUUAAUGAUAUAAGGAAUUUAGAUAAACGAAGGCAACAAGACUAG